AUGGGAUCAAUCGCCCCUCAGGGCAUGCCGGAAGAAAUUCCUCCGCGCCUACCGAAUUCAGUGUGCGAUCUAUUCCAAAGACAUGUGAAAGCUUUCCCUGGUCGAAUCGCGGUCUCUCAUGGCGAUUCUCAGCUCACUUAUCGCGAAUUGGAAGCGGCAUCUGCAAGAAUUGCGAUGAUCUUACAAAAGCGAGGAGUUAAACCACGAGACUGUGUUCCGAUUUUGACGUCAAGAUGCCCGGAGAUGGUCGCUUGUCUACUUGCCAUUGUCAGUAUCGGAGCCUGCUACGUCCCCGUUGAUGUCGAAAGCUGGAGUCCAGAACGAAUCCAUACAGUCCUAUCUGUCAUUUCUGCAAAGGUCAUCAUAGCCACGGACGUUAAACCAUCGCCUCACAACGAGGUCACAAUUACUGGUCAGGAGAUCCACGAUGCGGUUUUCUCCGAAAAGACCCUUGUAUCAGCAAGACCAAGUCUUCCCAUUGCUGCUUGCAAAGAAGAUCCAGCUUAUACGAUAUUCACGUCUGGGACGACGGGAAUGCCGAAGGGCGUUCAGAUCGCGAACGAAAGUCUUCUGCAUUUUGUACAGCAUUACGAUUUUGGCAUUACACCUGUCGACAAAGUACUUGUUCUCUUCUCCAUUGCAUUCGACGCAUACACUGGCGCUGUCUUCUGUACCCUGGGUAACGGGGGUCAUUUGAUGCUAUCUGAUUCUGAAACAUUCAUGAGGGACGCAGGACUUUGUACCGUUUUGCCAUGUGCUCCAUCUCUUCUUGAUACUCUUCAGGAGCCUGAUCUUUACAAUAAUAUCCACACCAUAUGUAUGGGCGGAGAGUCACCAAGCCCCCAUCUUAUCCGAAAAUGGUGGUCACCUAGCCGUCGAAUACUCAAUGCCUAUGGUCCUACGGAAACGACCAUUGCAGCCAGUCAAGCCGAGUUGAAACCAGAAUUGCCAAUCUCUCUUGGAAGACCCAUGAACGGAUGUCAAAUGCUUCUUUUGGAUUCCAACCUGGAGGAGGCGUUGGAGGGAGAAAUUUAUAUCGGCGGUCCCAUCGUUGGUCUCGGAUAUUACCAGAACGAAGCCCUCACGAAAGAGAAGUUCAUUCAUUGGAACGGAACACGGCUGUACCGCACAUCAGACUUCGGGAGACGGACAUCUGACGGCAUCUCUUUUCUCUGCAGAAAAGAUAGUUUGGUUAAGAAUCGCGGCUUUCUCAUCAACCUCGAAGUUGAGGUCAUCCCGGCGCUUCUGGAAAACACCGAAGUUUACGCUGCUACGGCUUUCAUGCACCAUCAAAAACUCGUAGCGUAUGUGAUACCUGAGUGCGUGGACGUUCACGACCUCCGACUUAAAGUCUCGAGCAAUCAUGACACUUUUCAUGUUCCGGAUCUCAUCAAAGCUGUGUCAUCGUUUCCGUUAACGUCUAGUGGAAAGGUCGAUGUCAAAGCACUUCGCAAGGAUCUCGACCUUGAAGUUGUUCACUCCGCCGAGCUAUCAAGCUCCACGGAUACGCCGCUUGGCUACCUGAGAUCUGCCAUUUCCUUGGCCUUGAAUCUGCCCUUGGGAAAUAUUGCAGAAGAUGUGUCCUUCUGGGAGCUUGGAGGAAAUUCUCUAGCUGCGAUCAAACUUCUUUCGCUUCUCCAUGAGCGGCAACUUUCGAUCAACUUGGAACGCCUAUACCUGCUUCCGAGCAUAGUAGCCAUAUCUGAGGAGUUACAUGCCAUUGUAGCCUCCGCCACAUCUCCGAGUCACUCUCAGGAAGGUGUCCUGCUAUGCAACACCCGUCAGGAGCCGAGAGCACCUAUUACAAAUGUGCAAAUGGGGAUGAUUCGGUCCUCCCUCCAAGAGAGCCUCACAGCAUACAUUUUAGUCUCUAUCAACUUUGAAACGGACGAACAAAUAUUCAACUCGGGACAGUGGAAAGAUGCUUGGGAGAUAGUACUAGCCAGGCAUUCGAUCUUUCGGACUUCUUUUGACACUUCUAAAGGCACCCAAAUAGCUGAAGGCAGCUACGCUCAUGAUUGGGAAGAGACUAUUGUUGCUACAGAUCAGCUGGAAAGCGUCAUAAACCAAGAGUCUGAUGCUCUACUGGCUCUGUCAAAGUAUCAUGGGUUCGAACCAUUGUUCUCUCCUGCUAAUGCUUUCCGAUUUAUCAGAGCACCCGGAUCAAAGUCUACCCUUCUAUGGUUGGUCCAUCACAGUCAAAUUGAUGGGUGGUCGUUCGGGAUACUGAUUAGCGAAGUGCGAUCAAUUAUAUCGGGACAGACCCUACCACAGCCUCCUCAAUUCUACAUUUUCGCGAAGAAUCUUGAGCUCCAUAUCAAGCAACAGCGUCAUACGUCGAUUGCAUUCUGGUCCAAAACUUUGAAGGGCUUCUUGGAGGGUGCUCCAUUGAACCUACCCAAACCGGAAUCGAAAAAUAUUACCACUGAGCCUUCUAGCACUUCGGUAGAUCUAAAUCUUUCCGUCCUCGAUUUUGAGGAAAAGGCUCGCAACCUGAAAGUCUCUCCAGCUGCCGUCAUAUAUGGGGCGUGGGCGAUGGUGCUUGCGACCUACUCGGCAAAGGACCGCGUCGUCUUUGGAACGGUUUUCUCAGGUCGCAAUUUCCCCAUCGCAGGUGUAGAGAAGAUUGUAGGGCCGAUGAUCAACACUUGUCCCUUUCCAGUUGCUCUCAAUGGAAUAGACUCGAAGAGCGAUCUCCUAAAUCGAGUACAGACGCAAUUGCUUCAGAUCAGUGACCACCAAUGGUCGGCCGCGGAGGCUCUUGAAGAAAUUGCAUCAGGGAGUCAUGCACGCAUAUACGACACGAUAUUAUUUCUUGAAUAUGACCUGCCAGAAGUAUUCUCGGAGUCCGAGGACGAAAAGCUCGGCCAAUUCAAUAUCACUCGGAAAGACAUGCCCGAGUUCGGCCUCACGAUUCUUGUGGAGGCUUCGAAAGGCCACUUCACUCUUCGUGCGCUGUCGCAAAGGUCUUUGUAUGAUGGUUCAGUGAUCAGCAGAAUGCUAAAACAUUUUCGGAACCUUAUUCAAGCACUUCUGGAUAGCCGCUGUCAAGAUCUCCCAAGCAUCCGUCAAAGAAUGCUAGACCCGCCAGAGCUUCAUUCUUUGACACAAAACUCACUCUCACGUUUUGACGAGUAUCAUGGACCAAAAAAUCUCAAGCAAAGUCUUGAGCGUGCUGCAGAUGCGUGGCCAUCUCACGUCGCUGUUGAGUCAACCUCACGAUCCAUGACCUAUUCCGAACUAGAUCGGACCGCAAACUUUCUUGCCAAGUACAUCGCGCAGAUCGUGUACCCCGGAGAGGCAGUGGCUCUGGUCAGUGAUGGGUCUCUGAAUUGGCUAAUUGGAGUCAUCUCUAUCAUCAAAUCUGGAGCCAUAUAUGUUCCCCUAGAUACCAAACUCCCUUCCCAACGCAUGGAGAUUAUCACCAAAACUUCGGAUGCAAAGCUAUGCAUAGUUCCAAACCAAGAAUGCGAAGGCCUUCUUGCACCAGAUUCGGUUCCACUACUGUCGAUACACCAAAUUCUGCGGGGUGCGCCGAGCCAGCAGUCUGGACGACUUCAGGUCAAUAUCAAACCGGCCGAUUGGGCCUACGUAAUUUUCACAUCUGGCUCUACGGGUGUACCCAAGGGCGUUCGCGUCAAUCAUCAUGCUGUAUUAUCUUACCUCUCAUACGAGCCGGCAAGGAUGCACGCUGCUCCGGGAAGACGACAUGCUCAGAUGUUUUCCGCGGGAUUUGAUGUUAAUAUCGCCGAGAUAUUUGGAACACUAUGCUACGGCGCAACCUUGGUUCUCAAAGACCCCUCCGAUCCUUAUGCUCAUCUCAAACGCAUCGAUGCUACCAUGAUCACUCCUUCGUUUCUGUCAGUGUGUUCUCCGGACGAGCUAAGCAAUCUAGAUACCAUUCUUUUUGCAGGAGAAGCAGUUCCACAAGCUCUUUCUGAUCGUUGGAGUGGUGAUCGGCGGCUAUACAAUUCUUAUGGGCCCUGUGAGUGCACGAUUGGUGCUCUCUUUAAGCUUCUGCAGCCCGGUGAGCGGGUCACAUUGGGUCGUGCCAUCCCGCGCGUAGGAGUGUAUCUCCUUGAUACUCACAGCAACCCUGUGCCAAUUGGAGUCACCGGCGAAAUAUGCCUUUCCGGUCUGCAAGUGAUGGAUGGCUAUAUCGGAGCCGAACUGAAGUCUCAGACGGAUGCGCGCUUUGUGCCCGACCCUUUCCUCCAAGGCCACAAAAUGUAUCGAACCGGGGACCUUGCAGUAUGGACCGAGGAUAUGGAGCUUCGAUUUCUCGGACGUAUAGAUAACCAGGUGAAAGUCCGCGGAUAUCGUGUGGAGUUGGAAGAGAUCGAGAACGCGAUCCUCUCAGCAUGCCCUACGGCUACUCACGCCGCUGCUUUGAUCGACGAUGGGAACAUUGCCGCUUUCGUCGCUCCUGGAAAUAUAGAUACUGCGUUGCUUCAGCAGCGACUCCGCGGCCAACUACCUAGCUAUGCUUGCCCAGCAUCGAUUAUCUCACUACCACAUUUCCCAACGACGCCAAACCAGAAGCUAGAUCGAAAGGCCCUCAAAGGCAUGGCUGCAACGAUUCCACGGUCGCUUCCAAGUGCUCGCAGCAAACAAGUCUUAACGAAGACCCAAAGCCUGAUCGAAAGGAUUUGGCGGGAGACUAUUGGACUUUCAGAUGGCGAUGAAAUUGAGCUAGAUGAUGACUUCAUGGCUCUCGGUGGUAACUCUCUUCGCCAGAUCAAAGCUGCACAAAAGAUCUCCGCGGACAUUAGUUUAUCAAUACCAUUGUCCAUCUUCAUUAGAAACACCAAGAUGUCAGCAUUAGCUACAGCACUUGAUGAGUUUGUGGUCAAAGAAUCUCCGAAGGGGGAUCCAUUCCAAUCAUUUUUAGUGAGCUGGAAAUCCACAUCUACUUCAUCAAUAAGGGUCUCGCGGCUCGAGGAAGAAAUCUACGAGCUGAGCUCUUCGUCUGCGACGCCCCAAAGCUUCAAUGUACCGUAUAUGCUCGAAUUGCGCGGAAACGUGGACUUAGAGAAGCUAGAGCGAGCGAUUAACGCGGUCGUCAACAGGAAUGCCAUUUUCAGGACCUUUUACGAACGCAGAGGCAGUAUUUUGCGACGCAGCAUCUCAAUGGACCCGGUCUCGAUCGAACGUAUCUCGAUGGCUCGCAGGUCGGGGGAAGCUUUGCAGCGAGUAUCUAGGGAUUUGGUGGAUAAGCCAUUCGAUCUUUCGAAGGAACACCCCAUCAGGAUCGCUCUUCUCGAACACGAUUCUCAUAUCACAUUGAUCGUCGCAAUGCAUCACAUUAUCACUGACAAGACAUCUUGCAACAUCCUUUUCAAAAAGAUCCAGGAACACUAUACGAAAGGACCUGAAGCAGCCCACCGAGUUCGAAGCACCGUUCAGGAGCCAUCGUAUGCUGAAUGGGCAGAUUGGGAUCGCGCGAAAACACAUGAGAUACCAGAAGCCCACUUUCACUAUUGGAAGGAACACCUCAGAACUCUCACGCGGAGGCCAUUCACGCAGACCUCGGAGUCAGUAAAGGGAGACGCUUCCAACUGUACCUUUGAUGUGUCGAUAGAUUCAGUCUCCAGAAGCUCGUUCGAGUACUGUCUUUCCAUACUAGCCCUCACGCUUAAGGCUGUCAUUGGUACCACCGACAUCCUUCUCGCGAUCCCGUACAUCGACCGCUCCGAGCACGGCACGGAAGACAUGUUUGGCAUCUUCUUAGACAGACUUCCAAUUCGUAUCCAGCUUGACCACUUCAAGGAUGUGCCCUCAUUAGUCUCCGCCACAAAAGAAGGAAUCGAGGGUGCUCUGUCGCAUUCCAUCCCCUACCGCGAAAUACGGAAAAUCGCUGGGGACAACGCACUUUUUGAUGUCAUGGUCACCUACAAUAGACUGGAGGACUCCGCUACUAAGGCAUUUCAGUUGCCAGGCGUUCGCGUUACAGAAGCGCAUUAUAAACCUAGUGGAUCGAAGUUUCCGCUUCUUGUGGAGUUCACGGAGACUGAAGAGGGUGUUUCCUGCGAGCUUGAGUAUAGCACGGUGCUUGUGAGCGAAGUAGUUGUGAAUGGGAUCAAAGCGGUCAUGCCGGCUAUUUCCCGCUUCUUGAAAGAUGGGACACCAUUGGAUUCGUUGGAUGCAGCGACGUGUCGUCUACUGAACUAG